AUGGCGGCGCGCGUGGCGGUUGUCCUCCUGCUACUGUUCGGCCUCGCCGCCGUGGCGGUGACGGCGGCGAGGAUCAUGCCCGACGACGACUGCGGCGACACGGCGAACGCCGCCGGCGCCGCCGGCGUGGGGGAAGCCAAGACGGCGUUCGGCGGGAGCGACGGCCGCGGGGGGCUCUUCGGCGGGUACACCGGCCCGCUCGGCGGCGGCGCCGCCGGGUUCGGCCCCUUCGGCGGGUUCGGCGCCGGCGGCGGGCCGUUCGGCGGGUUCGGCGGCGGAGUUGGCCUCGGCGGCGGCGGCGGAGGAUUCCGGCCGUAA